GCGCUUUGAGACCCUUGAAUCUCCGGACUCUAAUCGCCAAGUUGGAGCCAUGAGAUAAUCGCUUUUUGGCCAAGUCCGCUGGAGCCGUUCCGAGAUGAUGUAUUAUUACUUUUUUAAUACCUCUCGCUGCGACGCACUAUUCAUAACGCGGUUGGGGUCCAGACCUUGGCCCUCUUGAAGUUUGCCACAGACCUCCAUUUCCCCGCGAAGCAGCAGCUACCCUGCCAAAACUACGCUACCGCUGCGUGACCACCUUCCUGCCUCAGGUCGCCAAAGGUCCAAUAUCUAUCUUACGUUAUCCGACCGCGGCGACUAGGCCUUCCCUUCAGCCGCUCCGUUAGACGAACCAGACCAGGAAGGCGCCCAAGUAUACAAAAGCCAGUUCACGGCACACACCAGCACACUGUGCAUCCAAACGACUGCAAGAGUCACGCGAGGAAUCUGCCCGUCGUCCUCGAUUGAUAUCCCCUACCUAUCGCCCGCCGAAACCAGGACACCGAGCAAACGUCCAUUGAGUUCAGCUUGACCGAGGCCAUGGAUGUCUACAGUUCCAGCGUCUGGCCCCAGUGACAGAGCUCCGUUUACGAAGAGCACACCGUUCGUACCUCGCUUUAGCCUUCGCGCCAGCGGACGGCAGAGAGCGCCCGGAUCGAAUACUCGUGGGCUUGGCUCUCCCUAUUCUUGGCCGAUCUCAAGCGUCCCGCCGCAUCGCGCGAUCAACCGCAGAUUUGCGGGUGGCUCGAACAAACCGAACCACUGAGCUCGACGGCUUUAUUUGUGGUGAUAUUUUCACCCAUAAACCCUCUCCCGUCAGCGAUCUGUAGAGCGGCAAGGGCAAGAUGGAGGACGCUCAAAGCCUGGAUGUUAGCUGGAUGACCCACGGAAAUCCAAAAGACAAGGCUGCGAGGAACGCAACAUCGCGUCGAAGAUCGCUCUCGAACUCAGCCCACGACUCUCCAGCACCGAGCCCCGCCCCCGACUCUUCUCCCACGACGCGCGCAGUCGACAAUGACAAACCUGUAGAACCAGCGAAGCCGCCCACGCUCACUCGAUCGAACUCGUCGCGGGGCACCUCGGACGAAAAGCGAACCCCGCUUACACCCCCGCCCCAGCGGCGAAACUCGUGGUUCUCCAAUAUCUCGUCUAAGUUCACGUCAGGAGGCGGAACUGCCCAUCAGAGUCCUCCGCAAGCAAACACGGCGUCGCCAAAACCCGCCGAGUUGUCGGUUCCCAGGGCCUCUCCGGCGAAAAACGCCGUCCUCCAGCAUGCUUCAAUACCAGAGGGCGAAGGCCCCUACACCCCGGCCCCCCCAAAGUCGUCACAGACUGGUCUGUUCCAUGUGCUUCGGCGGUUGUCAUCGUCCAGCGGCACUUUCAGCCCGAACUUCAAGGCUCACAAUCACGGAUUGGUGGAGAGGCGCGUGCUGAACGUCGAUCGCUACCGGGAGCGCUGCAGCAUCAGCGGGUUGAACCAGUCCAAGCUCCGGAGAGUCUCUUUCUGCGUCGAUGUGGAAAUCGCUCCUAUGCCCAAGUACGCGGACGAAGCGGAUGCUAGGAAAGGGAGCAAGGCGAACAAGGAGCAGAAAAAGAAGAUGAAGGAAAGGGCUGAGGGCGAGGCGCUGAAGCACCCCAAAGCGGUCGAGACCCAGAAAGAGGCGGGAGGCGAGAUCAAAGCCACGGGCGAAGAAGUUCCAAGGGAGCCGCUAAAAGAAGGUAUCGAGCCCGGCAGUCCGCCAAAGCCGGCUGCAGACGGCGCGCCCGGAAAGCCCAUGCCAUCUGAUAAGAAGAAGGAGAAGAAGAAGAAGAGCGAGGAGGAGCGGAAAGCCAGAAAGGAGCAGAGGCGGAGACAAGCCGAAGACAAUGGCACGAUCCCCAAGGAACUCCAUUACGACAGCGACUCAUCCUCGAGUGGCACAACGGCCCGGCCCGGCACACCCAAGACGCAGAGCUUGCCCACCACCAAUCCGGUCAGGAUAUAUCGCCGGUGUUGCCAGCUCAGGGAGACGCCCAUCCUCAAGAAGAUUACAGAACAGCUCAUGGAUCCAGCCAAUUGCUCGACCGAGCCCGGCGUGGUGGAGAAACUUGACCUCACCGGCUACUGGAUGCAGUUGACUGAUCUCAUUACGUUGGGCGAUUAUCUCGCCGUCGUACCUGUACGGGAGGUAAUCCUCGAGAACUGCGGCCUGACUGACGAGGGGCUCCGCGUGAUUCUCGCCGGUCUCCUCGCGGCGAAGAAACCUAGAGGAAGGCGGCGGAGACCGCUUGGAGGUCUGGAUGGCCUGACUGAGCAGGGCGGGAUGGUGGAACGGCUCGUCCUCAAGAACAACAAGAUUGGCCUGGAGGGGUGGAAGCAUAUUUGCUUGUUCAUCUACCUCUGCCGGACGCUGAAGAGCCUGGACCUAUCGGGAAUACAGUUCCCACACCAAUCAUCCCCGGCAUCCGGGGCAGUGAAUGGCAGUGCGACGCCAACACCGGGACAGCCGCAAGACCUGUGCCAUCUGCUGUCGAAGUCGCUGGGGGAGCGGCUCGGGGGCUCGACGCUCAAUCUGCUCGGUCUCGGCCAGACAGGCAUCAGAGCCGAGCAGUUAGGGGUGAUCAUCGAUGGCCUUAUCCGUUGUGGCGUCAAACGGCUUGGUCUCGCCAAUAAUGAUAUCGAUGCCUCUGGUCUCGAGCAUGUUGCGAGAUUCCUCAAGACUGGGCUCUGCGAGGGCCUCGACUUGGGCGGGAACGAUCUGAGGGACGGACUCGAGACCCUGGCUGAUGCCCUUGCGGCAGAGAACUGUCCUCUUUGGGCGCUGAGCCUGGCUGACUGCAACCUGGCGCCGCCCUCGCUGUGCAAGUUGCUACCGGCUCUGGUAAGGUUGAAGCACCUUCGGUUCAUCGAUCUGUCGCAUAACCACGAACUGUUCGACUCAGAUCCGAGCGCGGUGGGUGUGCUGCGAAGGUAUCUGCCCAAGAUGCAAUGUCUGAAACGCAUCCACCUCGCAGACUGCGCCAUGACACCCGAACAGGUCAUUGCCAUUACCGAGAUCGUUCCCGAGGUCGCCGGCCUUGCCCACAUCAGCUUCGUGGAGAAUCCGCAGCUGGUUGAGCUCGCGAAGAAUGCCACGUCGGAAGAGAAGCAGGAGGAGGCUUGCGCGCUCUUUGCGUCGCUUCUGGCGGCUGCUCGAGUCUCUACAAGCUUGGUGUCUAUUGACAUUGAGGUGCCCAGCGAGCAGUCGAGCGACCUUGUCAAGGCCAUGGCGAAGCAGGUCGUGGCGUACUGCCUGCGCAACAUGGAGGUAGCGACCGCGACGGCAGCCGAGGCGCAAGCGGAGAUGCUCGCCAAGCCCGAUCCCGAGUACCCAGACGUUCUGCAACGGCUGGUCGGGCACGACGUGAUGGCGUCGACGGACAUGGACGCCGAUGUGGAUGCCGCGCCGGACGAAGAUUACGUGAUUGGGGGCACAGGCGUCGUCAGAGCGCUGGCAUGCUGCCUGAAGAACCGCGGGGAUGAAUCGCGGCGGCAAUCGGGCGAGUUCAUUCAGGACGCCGAGAACGGUGUGGUCCAACCUGGGCGGGCUGUGCCCAGCGGUGGGAAGGCCAAGGAGGCUUCCAAGCACCUGUUGCUGAGUGCUAGGAAGAUCAGGCUCCGGCUGCAGCCCGCCAUUGACAAGGCCCGGGCCAAUGCCAAUGACAGCCACACCUAUCAUCGCCUCAUGUUCCUGUCCAAUACUCUAAACGGCAUAAUCAAGCGCUUUGAAGACGAAUUCCCCGACACGCGCUUGUCCAACUCAAUCGACAGCGCAAUUGACAUACCGGACAGGGAAGACGAGGAUGCCGAAGACAAGCCGAGUCCGCUGUCUGACGCAGAAAGCCCCAGCAGGAGCGCUACCCCAGCUACAGCCACGGCCGGCGCCGCCUCGGACGAGGAGGAGCCACCCACCGCUAUCAGAAGCCCCUGCCUUUCUCGCUCCAACUCGACCCUCUCUCUUAACUCAAAAGCCCUGGCGCACGAAGAAGGCCGUAUCCUCCGGGCUGGGCACAAGUUCCGCACCGCCGUUGCCUCCCCGGACGAUCCGGGCCUUUCGCGGUCCGAACACUACGCCCUGCUGGCGUCGGGCGUUGAGAUGGUGGGCGCCGACCCCAACCAUGCGCGGCUCCUGCACGAGCUGCUGGAGGAGGAGCUGGGAGGCGACGAGGCGCUCAAGGCCGAGGUCAGAGAGAAGGGCGUGGUGGCGGUGUUCAAGGAGAGGAGAGAGGAGAUACUAACCCGCCUGCGGGAGGCCGACCCGGCCCAUUGGGACCGGUUUGUGGAGAGCCAGGAGAUGGCUCGGGCUAAUGUCAAGGUUGAAGGGGAGAGCGAGGGAGGUGGUGACAGUGAUGGGAGUGCUGUUGCUUCUGCUGCUGCUGCUGCUGCUGCCGCUGAUGCUGCCGAGACGGCGGUGGAGGAUUGACCAAGUAUGUACCAGGGGCGGGAUGUACCAUUGAUUGAUUUAACACGAUUGAGUGUAAAGAAAGAAGGGAUGAAAAAGGGGGGGAGAAGAGGACUGUGCAUAAUUUAAUCAAUCUGUCCGGAAAUGGACUGGUCGUAAAAUGUAUACCUGCCAGAAAUCUCGUGUGUUGGAGAUAGGCAACCUGACUUCUUACAGCAUGUACUUCGGGUAGGAUGUCGAAACGUUGAGAGUAAGCAAGAUAGUCUUGUGGAG